GUUCUUACUCAGCUAGAGUUCGUCGUGUUACGAUUUAAAAUUUAAAUUAGGACAUUAAGAUAUAUAUUUUUGGCUUGUGCUGUGUAGAAAAAUGGCGUUCCUCGAAGGACCAUCUCUAAAACAGGCGGAAAUUAUCAAACUAGAGCUGGGAGAGGGACCUGGAGAGUUAGAGAGGGGGGUCAGGGAUCUCCGUAGUAUGUGUGCGGCCAACCCUUACUUACCACAGCCAGAAUCAUUAGAUACGCACUUGCUGGAAUCAUUUCUACGAGGUUGCCGCAUGGACUUCGAGAGAGCUCGGAAAAAAUUGGAAACAUUUUGCUAUGCGCGCUCACGUUUCAGGGACCUGUAUGAAUACCGCUCCCUCACCGAGCCGCCACUCAACGAUGUAUGCAAAUUUUUAGACAUAGUUCCUCUACCUAAGCUGACAGACGAGGGCCUUCGCGUGACCAUCUUCAGGGUGAGACCGAACUACCCAGAGAAUGCAACCGACAUAACCGCUGCUGUUCGCGCCAUUCUUCUCAUUAGUGAUGUCCGCAUGCACGAUGAAACGCUCAUCGCGGGAGAUGUGUUUAUUUGGGAAGCUUCACAUGUGCGUGCGUCGAUAGCAGCCCGGGUGGCAGCUGCAGCCGGUACAGUACGUCGCAGCAUACAACUCGCUCAAGCAGCGUACCCACAACGCAUGCGCCGAAUUCAUGUAGUGGGAGCCCCCGCUCUUGUUGCCUCUUCCCUACAUCUAAUGCGCUCUUGCGUCAACGAGAAAGUCAGGAAACGGUAUUACUUACAUUCAAAAACUGAAGAGUUAUUGGAUCAUUUUUCAACGCGAGUACUGCCCGUUGAAUGGGGUGGUGAAGAAGAAUCCAUCGAAAUUCUUACAAAGAAAUGGCGACGUCGCGUUGACGAAGUGCGAGACUACCUUCGCUAUCUUGGCGAACUGUGUGACGUCACUCCGGACGCUUCGUAUGAUGCAGAUAUUUAUGGCGCAGUUGGUUCUUUCAGAAAACUCGAUAUCGAUUAAUUAUAUCACUAAACAUACUAAUCAAGAAUAAAACAGUGAUUUGAAGAAAAUAUGCUUGUGAAUGAAAAUGGAAUAAAAAUGCUUCGUCGUUUGUCAAAAUGUGAAAAUAGGCAACAUGAUAAUAUUUUCUUUAAUAAUACAAAUAUCCAGCCAUGACUUCUUUUUGGGUAAAAACCGGUCAAGUAGGAUUAGAAAUAUUAAAAUUUAUUAUCGUGCGAUCCGUGCGGCGGCAUGAUUCUGAAUAUCUUUGUGAAUGUUUAGUUUUAGUGUAAUUUGUUAGAUUAAAUUUAAUUAGAUCAUAAUUAAAAUAGUACGUAACUAUUAAGUAACUCAUUUUUUUAUUAAUAUAAACACUAAAAAGUAUGAGUAUCUAGGUCCAAUAUUACAACUGAAUUUUAAGCUAGUUCCUUUCAAACGAGGGCCACGGUUACGGUCCACACACACACAUUUUCAAAUAGGUGACAAUAUUUAAAUUCACAAGUUUUUUUACCUAAUCUAUAGAAAUAGACAACGAUUAAAUGUAUUUCAAAUCGCAUAUAUCAAAUCAUAUCGCAAUAAUUCAAAUCAAACUAGUUUUAUAGCUGUAUUUGUAUAAAAUACUAUCAUAUAUAUAUAUUCUUUGAGAAAAUACAAAUAGCGUUGAUAACUUUUUCUUAAAUGUUAUUUUAGAUAUUAUUUUAAAUAUAUAAAUGUACCUUUCCUAUAUUUUUAAGUCAUAUUUCUAUAGCUUACAACAACUGUUUGAUGUAUAUACUACG